UUCACAAAUGCCUUGGAAGCAGCAGGCUGCCUGCAUCCUUCUCAUCACAUUCCUGGGUGUGUCUGGGCUGGUUGGCGCAGUUACCAGAACAUACCACAUUGGGAUUGUGGAAGAAUACUGGGACUAUGUACCCCAGGGGAAGAACGUUAUUACUGGGAAAAGUUUCGCAGAAGACAAACUUGCAACCUUAUUUCUCGAAAGCGGGCCCAACAGGAUAGGUGGUCUUUACAAAAAGGCUGUUUACAGACACUACACAGAUGAGACGUACUCCACGGAGAUCCCCAAACCGCCCUGGCUUGGAUUCCUGGGCCCCAUCUUGAGGGCUGAAGUGGGGGACGUGAUUGUCAUCCAUUUAAAGAACUUUGCUUCCCGACCUUACUCUUUGCAUCCCCAUGGUGUUUUCUACAACAAAGACUCGGAAGGAGCCUUGUACCCAGAUGGGACGUCUGGAAAGAACAAAAAUGAUGAUAUGGUUCCUCCUGGCAAAAACUACACCUACGUCUGGCCCGUGAGAGAAGAAUAUGCUCCUGCUCCAGCCGACGCCAACUGCCUGACCUGGGUGUACCAUUCGCACAUCGACGCCCCUAAGGACAUCUGCUCUGGGCUCAUUGGCCCGCUGCUGGUGUGCAAGGAAGGUGUCCUGAACAAACAUUCAGGGACAAGGACGGAUGUGGACCAAGAGUUCAUCAUAAUGUUUACCCUGGUGGAUGAGAAUCAGAGCUGGUACCUCGAUGAAAAUAUCAGGCAUUUCUGCACUGAGCCUGACUCAGUUGACAAGGAAGAUGCUGUUUUCCAGAGGAGUAACAAAAUGCAUGCCCUCAAUGGAUACCUCUUUGGGAACUUCCCCGAGCCUGAGAUGUGCGCUGGUGAAUCAGUGUCCUGGCACCUAUUUGGGAUGGGGAAUGAGAUAGACAUCCAUUCCAUCUAUUUCUAUGGUAACACCUUCAUCAGCCGAGGGCAUCGGACUGACGUUGUCAACCUGUUCCCAGCCACCUUCCUGACAACAGAAAUGAUAGCUGAGAAUCCUGGGAAGUGGAUGAUAACCUGCCAAGUCAGUGAUCACCUACAAGCUGGUAUGCUGGGGCAAUACAAUGUUGGUAACUGCAAAAACAGUAUUUCUCAUCCCAAGAUGAAGGGUGGACAAAGGCACUACUUUAUAGCAGCUGAAAAAAUUCUUUGGGAUUAUGGUCCUCAAGGUUAUAACAAAUUCAGUGGUCUUCCCCUAAAUGCCUCUGGCAGUGACUCUGAGCUCUACUUCACACAAGGGGACAACAGAAUAGGAGGAAAAUAUUGGAAGGCUCAAUAUAUAGAGUAUGUUGAUGCAACUUUCACUCGAAGAAAGAGACUCUCUGAGGCAGAAGCCCAUCUUGGAAUUCUUGGCCCAGUCAUCAGGGCAGAGGUGGGCGAUACCCUGACAGUGACCUUUGCCAACAAAGCUGACAAAGUCUACAGUAUUUUGCCCCAUGGCGUGGUCUAUGACAAGGCCUCUGAUGCAGCCCCAAACAUAGAUGGAUUUGUGAAACCAGGGGCACAUGUUAAGCCGGGGGAAACCUUCACGUACAGAUGGACAGUGCCUGAAAGCGUAAGCCCCACAGCUGCUGACCCUCCCUGUCUGACCUACCUUUACUUCUCAGCAGUUGAGCCAAUCAAGGACACCAGCGCUGGCCUUGUAGGGCCAUUGCUAGUCUGUAAAAAAGGUGCUCUCAAUGCUGAUGGCACACAGAAAGGAAUAGACAAGGAAUUUUACCUACUGUUCACAGUCUUUGAUGAGAAUCUGAGUAGGUAUCUUGAUGAAAACAUUCAGAAGUUCACCCUGCGUCCCUUCAGUGUUGACAAAGAGGACAAAGAGUUUGUGAAGUCCAAUCGGAUGCAUGCUAUUAAUGGUUAUAUGUAUGGCAACCAGCCGGGCCUUAACAUGUGCAAAAAGGACAGAGUUUCCUGGCAUAUGAUUGGAAUGGGCACUGACACCGACAUGCACGGAGUUUAUUUUCAAGGCAACACCAUCCACCUUCGAGGCACUCACCGUGACACCCUGGCCCUGUUUCCCCACACCUCUACGACGGCAUUCAUGCAGCCGGACUAUGCAGGUAUUUUCAGGGUGUUUUGUUCCACCAUGCACCACUUCACGAGAGGCAUGAAUCAGAUAUACGAGGUCAACAGCUGCGGCAACAAGGACCCUUCAGAGCAGCCGUACGGGAUGAUAAGAACCUUUUACAUCGCCGCUGAAGAGGUAGAAUGGGAUUAUGCCCCUAACAAAAACUGGGAGUUCGAAAAGCAGCACUUGGACGCAGGAGGGGAAAGACAUGGAGAUAUAUUUAUGAACCACACUGAAAACUGGAUUGGCUCUCAGUACAAGAAGGUGGUUUACAGGGAAUACACCGAUGGAGAAUUUGUCGAGAUCAAAGCCCGGCCACCUCGAGAGGAGCACUUAGAACUGCUGGGCCCAAUGAUACAUGCCGAGGUGGGUGACUCUAUCCUGAUCAUAUUUAAGAACAAAGCAGAUCGGCCCUACUCCAUCUCAGCCCAUGGUGUGGAGAACACGGAGAGUGGGAAGCGACUCCAAGUGUCCAUGACAAAGCCAGGAGAAGUAAAAACUUACAUAUGGAAUGUCCCUAAAAGGUCAGGUCCAGGGCCAUCUGACCCAAAUUGUAUUCCAUGGGUUUACUAUUCAACAGUAAACUUUGUGAAGGAUACAUAUAGUGGUUUGAUGGGCCCUCUGAUUAUAUGCAGAGAAGGCGUGUUGAAUGAAAAAGGAAGAAGAAGCGAUGUUGAUUAUGAAUUUGCUCUCUUGUUUUUGAUAUUUGAUGAGAAUGAAUCUUGGUAUCUGGACGACAAUAUUAAGAAGUAUCUCAAUAAAGAUCCACGAGAUUUUAAGCGCACUGAUGAUUUUGAGGAGAGCAACAGAAUGCAUGCUAUUAAUGGAAAGAUUUUUGGGAAUCUCCAUGGCCUCAUCAUGAAUGAAGAUACAAUGACAAACUGGUAUUUGUUAGGAAUGGGAAGUGAAGUGGAUAUACAUACCAUCCAUUAUCAUGCUGAGAGCUUUCUUUUCAAAAUAGAUAAAUCUUACCGAGAAGAUGUGUAUGACCUCUUUCCUGGGACAUUCCAAACCAUCGAACUGUUUGCAGAUCACCCAGGGACAUGGCUGAUACACUGUCAUGUAUCCGAUCACAUCCAUGCUGGCAUGGAAACAACCUAUACAGUCCUUCGGAACAUAGACAACAGGAUUCCUUACUCCACCAAGUCUCCUUCUGGAGGAGCCUCCCAUCCAGCCACCACCGCGCCCUCCCACGAAGAGCCUGUCAAGGAGCAACUCUAUUUCUUUGGCAAGAAUCUGAGUCCCAGAGGAGCUAAAGCAGCCUUGGUCAUCCUGUUCAUCAUUGGACUCCUCCUCCUGAUUGUCACCAUGACCCUGUCCCUCAGACUGCGCUCUGCACGGAAGCAGGUGGCCUACCAGGCGGUGCAGUCCUGCGCGCUCCCCACCGACGCCCUGUGAGCGGCUGCUCUUGCUCCGCAGGGGAACUGGACAAGGCAUGGUUCACCAAGGAAGGUCCACACUGUACCCUGGAUGGGCGCUCAUCCUCGGGAACACAGUCAAAGCAAUUUGCUUUUAGUUAUUUGUUUUUAAAUGGGCUGUGCGUAAUCCUCAGGUAUGAAAUACAGAGAGAGGAGAAUGGGUGUGACUGACAGGCCUGUUCUCAGAAUACAUUUGCUGAAGUGUGGAUUCCCUUUGAAAGAUGUCUUUCGUUUCCAGCUCUCACACUUCUUAGAUUAGACAGUGAGUGCUUCCUUAGCUAACCGUCGAAGUUCUCAGAUGGACAGCUUCUGGAAAGUUAUGCUGCCUCCGACAUCUAACUGGAACAGCACUGGUUUCUCAACCCCGUUAAACAAGAUGCUUCCUUUCGCUGUUCCAGGGAAAAGACCUUUCUCAGGAGUUCAUGGAAAUGUCUGUCAGUAUCUGCUGAUAGAAUCUGACCAAGUGAAUAUUUCAGAGCGUUAGCCAGCUCUCCCGGCCUUUUCCACUUGAAUAUAAACAGCUGGCACACUAUUUGUUACAGAAGGCAAAGUUAUACGCAUUUUUAAAAUAUUGGUGCUAUUUUUAUGCAAACUGAUAGAGAUACUUGAAUGUGUAUGACUCACUUUAUGUUAUUAGUUUUUACCGUCUGUUUCUAUGGCAAUGUUUGUAUUUUCAAGAAUCAACUAGAGAACUUGAAUCUGUGUUUCAGAAAGUGGAGGGCUGGAAUCUGAAACAGGGGGUUAGGUUCUCGCAUGGUGAGUCAGGGCUCUCCGAGAGUUUUGAGAGAGCUUCUAAGAUGGAAGGAAACUUUGCAGGAGGCGAGUCUGGGCUUGAGUCUUGAGUCUGAUUUUUUAUUCACUUCGGGGUUCUUUCCAAGUCUCCAUCUUCUAGGAAAUAAAAACAGUCUCAUCAUGUCAGGAACACCAGGAAGAACUCAGUGAUGCAGCUGACUGGUUGGGAGGAGAAGGGAACCUCAUAAAAUCCGUGAUUCUAUGCCUCUUAAAGACAUAGCCCCUUGUGAGAGAGGGGGGGAAAAAAAGGAAAGGCUAGAAAAAGAGAGUCCCAGUGGCAAUUAUUUACACCAUUAAAUCAGCUUUCAAAGGCUCAAAUGCAAAAAUAACAUAUUGAACAACUAAACUCAAUCCACUAUGAGGCAAUCCAUACUCUUUGUAUGCAUAAAGGUUAGGUGUAAGAUUAAUAAAAGCAAUAUUGUUUAUUACAACUAGACUGAGAAAUUGCCCUUAGUUCAGGGCAAGCUGCUCUGUGAUGCCAAUGCCGAUGCCAGACUAGUGACAGUAGAACAUCUGCCCUAGCCAUGGAUCACUUGGAUGUCCAGAUGAAUGAGUAGGAUCUAAUAAAUACUGGUGGAGGGAACUUUCAUACUUUCUGUCUUCAUCUUGGUGAGGGGAAAUGGGAUUUGGUAGAAGCUAGCUUUACCUAAGACAGGAUGUGAAUGCUAAUAGUUCUGUUCCUUGUUUGGUUGAAUGCUCUAUCAAGCAGGGGUUUGAACUCCACCCUGCUAACCACUGAUAAUGUGAUUUUGUAAUAGGUGCUCUAUAGUUUUCAUACAGGUGUAGACUGCAUCAUUUCAUCAUAAUGAUUAUGAGAAAUGUCUUAUUUAUAACUCACUUAGACGACAAAUUAUAUAGUUGUAAGUUUUUUCCCUUUUCUCUUAGUUUAUUAUUUUUUUUAAUGAACAUGAAACCACACAGUAGUUUGA